GUUUCCGCGAGGGGCAAAGCGGGUUGGCGUUGCGCGUGCGCAGUGAGUACUUCCUUCUGUUUCUGCGGCCUGUAGCGGUGGCAAGAUGGCCAAGCGCACCAAGAAAGUUGGCAUUGUGGGUAAAUAUGGUACCCGAUAUGGAGCUUCCCUGAGGAAGAUGGUGAAGAAGAUUGAAAUUAGCCAGCAUGCCAAAUACACCUGCUCCUUCUGUGGCAAGACCAAAAUGAAGAGGAAAGCUGUGGGUAUCUGGCAUUGUGGAUCUUGCAUGAAAACAGUGGCUGGUGGUGCCUGGACAUACAACACUACUUCAGCGGUGACAGUGAAAUCUGCCAUCCGAAGACUGAAGGAGUUAAAAGACCAGUAGAAACCUCUUCU